AUGAGUGGUGGGUCAUUGGGUAUUCGUUCUGGGAGUUAUGGCUCUUUGGAGAAGCAGCAGCUGCUGCUACAGCACAACGGCCUGUUGCCAAUUCAAUCAGCACGAAAGCCUCCCAAGACGCUGAAAGAGAAAGACAGGUUCUUCCAUUGGAUCUUCAAGUUUGCAGGCAGAAAGAAGGUGGGAAUGCUCUUUCUCUUUAUCAUCUCCGCUGCUGUUUUCAUCUGGGUUUUGUACCUUGGAAAAGGUGAAGAUUCACAUGACGGAAACGGUGUGCAUAAUAAGAUUAGUGUUAAUGAAAGUAUGUCUAUAGGUGAUUCUCCAUAUGUAAUCUCUACUUCAAAUAUCUUGGGCUUCUCUACAAUUUCAAUACAACCUCCGCCUUCCCCAAGCUAUUUUCUGGGUUACACUCUUCCACCUGGUCAUCCGUGUAAUAGUUUCACACUUCCUCCUCCACCGGCAGACAAAAAGAGAACCGGGCCACGGCCCUGCCCGGUAUGUUACCUUCCUGUGGAGGAAGCCAUUGCACUUAUGCCAAAGUUUCCGUCUCCUUCUCCAGUACUUAAGAACUUAUCAUUUAUCUACGAGGAAACUCUUAGCAGGAAUGGUGAAUUUGGUGGUUCGGACUUUGGCGGAUAUCCUACUUUGAGGCAGAGAAAUGAAUCUUUUGAUAUACGAGAGUCAAUGAGUGUGCACUGUGGAUUUGUUAGAGGAACUAAACCUGGCCGCAACACAGGAUUUGACAUGGAUGAAGCUGACCUCCUCAAAAUGGAGCAGUGUCAUGGCAUAGUUGUUGCAUCAGCCAUAUUUGGAAAUUUUGAUGAGAUAAACGAGCCAACAAAUAUAAGUGAUUAUUCGAAGGAGACGGUAUGCUUCCUUAUGUUUGUAGAUGAAGAAACAGAAAAGUAUUUGAGGAGUUCUGGAAGGCUGGGAAUCAGCAAGAAGAUUGGUUUGUGGAGAAUUAUUGUUGCUCAUAAUCUUCCUUAUACAGAUGCAAGACGUACUGGGAAGAUUCCAAAGCUUCUGUUGCAUAGAAUGGUUCCAAAUGCUCGCUAUUCUAUAUGGCUUGAUGGAAAGCUUGAGCUUGUUGUUGAUCCAUAUCAAAUCCUUGAAAGGUUUUUGUGGAGGAAGAAUGCAACUUUUGCAAUAUCUAAACAUUAUAGACGCUUCGAUGUAUUUGUUGAGGCCGAGGCAAAUAAAGCCGCCAGAAAGUAUGAUAAUGCCUCUAUUGACUUUCAGAUCGAGUUUUACAAGAAUGAGGGACUGACUCCAUAUACAGAGGGCAAACUUCCUCUUAUAAGUGAUGUUCCUGAAGGAUGUGUAAUAGUAAGAGAGCAUGUUCCCAUUAGCAAUCUUUUUACUUGUCUUUGGUUCAAUGAAGUUGACCGGUUCACAUCUAGAGACCAGAUUAGUUUCUCAACUGUCAGGGAUAAACUUUUGUCCAGGGUGGACUUUCAUUUUGUCAUGUUCUUGGAUUGUGAAAGACGCAACUUCGUAGUUCAGAAAUACCAUAGGGAUAUAUUGGAACGUCUGGUUGCUCCAGCAGUAGUUGCUCUCAGUCCUCCACCUCCUCCAUUGCCUGUGUAUGAAACAUCACCGGAAAAGGUUGCAAGGAGGGGUCUUGGAAGGCGUGGAAGAGAUAGGAGACAGGGUUCUAGACGCCACCGCAAAGUUGUGGGCGGAGGCAGGAACAUACACACGGAAGCAAAUUAUACAGUUUUGACAGUGUGA